AUGGCUCAACAACCUCAAAGUUUCUUACUGAAAACGGAACUGAAACUGUCACCCGCGACAUCCCAUUCUCAGCAACAGUCUUCCAGUGAGCCGAUUUCCAACGCACUUGGACCUUUGCAAUUUAAAAGCGAAGAUGAAGAUGAGAAAAGUGUAGCUUGUCGACGGCGGAGCGGUAAACGACAGGAGAAACCACCAUAUUCCUACAUUGCUCUCAUCGCUAUGGCAAUACACGCAAAACCGGAUCGGAAAGCAACACUUACUGAAAUUUAUACUUUCCUUCAGAGUAACUUCGACUUUUUCAGAGGAGAAUACAACGGCUGGAAGAAUUCUAUUAGACAUAACUUGUCACUCAAUGAAUGUUUCAUAAAAUUACCGAAAAGUUCGGGUGGCCGAAGUGGCAAGGGACAUCAGUGGACCAUCGAUCAGAAUUGCGAUUUCCUUUUUGAAGAGGGUUCUUAUCGAAGGCGACCACGAGGUUACAAAGCUCGCGUACGAAAUUGCGAGUUUACAAAUGAACAGUUAGACCCGAUGUUUGUCGAGGCCCAUACAAUGCCUAUUAAUAACAGUAUGGUUGCCGUUGAUGGGACACAUUUUGUUACACAACAACAAAAUUAUCUUUCUCAAUAUACGGCCAACCCAUUCUGGCCUCAUUAUGAAUAUGCAAAUCAGUGGCCAAAUAGUUAUGGACUAUCUUCGUCAACAAUGAACAGCUCCACUACGUAUGACAACAUGCAUGCAAUUACGCAACAGCAACAAACUGAUUACACGGAAGGUUAUCCAGUGAUUAUGGUACCAAAUGAUUUACCUGGUGAUCCAGACAUAUUUGUUAACGAACAACAGCAUGUUAGUUUGCAGCAGUUUGGCACUUCUACACACCUCUAUAACCAAUAUGCAAAUUUAUCACCAGCUCAUCAAAACUCAUAA